UAGCACUUAACCAUCACCGUUCGCUUAGAUGGCUGGAUGGAUUAUUCGGGACUCGCUCGCUCUCACGCAUCUCCUUGCUUGCGAGCUGCCACCUCCCCGAGCUGCGUUCCGCUCUUGAUUUUCUAACUUUCUUAACAACUACACAGUUCGCUAUCCACCAUCAGCCAUCAUGGGCGCGCAUCGUCGAACUGCCAACGUCUGGGUUGCUCGAUCCAUGCCUGUUCUGAUGGCCGGGACCGUGGGUUUUGCGACCUGGGUGUUCCUCUCGUUGGUCUGCGUAAAUCACCUGCUCGUUCGACAAGAACGAACGGCCACAGCGGCAAUACUCAUCACCAUCUAUGCCGUCUUGCUUCUCCUUCUCGCGACAUCGUACCUUCGAACCGUCGUCACCCUGAUCGUCAACCCUGGUUACGUACCAAAAGGCCCGCCAAGAGACGUUGAGCCGCCGAGUCGCCAGCUGCAACUCGACGGUGCGGAAGAUGGAUGUUCGGAGACGGGCUCAAGAGACACCGCUGCACCUGCGUCUGUCAAUUCCACCGAAGGGCUCUCGUCGCCCCCUCUUCCACGCCCACUGGCUGUGGCUGCGGCGCCGGACAGGUUGUCGGCGGAUCCGUCCGAUCCAGUACCACAAACGCCGAACUCGACCACGCUUCUGAACCCACCAUCGCCACAUCUGUCGCCCUUACCCAACGCCAGUAACGGCGUGCAAGGCAGACCUUACACGCACAAUUCUCGACCGCAUCCAGACGCCGCUCCUUCGAAUCUGAGAGACUUCCUCGACAAGGAGAUAUUUGUGUGUGAGGGCGACGGCCUUCCUCGAUACUGUAGCAAGUGCAACUGUUGGAAACCGGACCGAUCCCAUCAUUGCUCCGAGAUCGAGCGCUGCGUCUGGCGGAUGGAUCACUUCUGCCCUUGGGUUGGAGGAUGCGUAGCAGAAACGAGCUUCCGGUACUUCUUUCAGGUUGUCGUGUACGGCAUGCUAUACUGUCUCUGUCUGAUCGUGUCCAUGGGAGUCAUCAUGCGCGAAAGGAGUAACAAUGGCGACAGCAUGGAUACCAAGUGGCUGGCAACUCUUGUUUUGGCGUGUAUCUUUGGAGUAUUCUCGGCUGGCAUGGCACUCUCCACCGCGCAGUUGAUCGUCCGCAACCUUGGUACUGUCGACUCCCUUUCGGCAGAAGCGAAAGUGUACCAGCUUGCGAUCCACGACCCGAAUCCUCCAGUGAAUAACCCAGAUGCAUACAGGCCUAUUGGCCCCCGCGUGUGGCUGCCGGUGAAUACAGCCCCCGGAGAGUCGCAAAGGUGCUUUGCAAUCGUCCGGACGCAGCCCGGGGAAAAUCCAUGGAUGUGCGACUCCACGUACGAGAACUUCUGCUCGGCCCUCGGCGGCGGGUUCUUGCAGUGGUUUGCGUUAUCGGGCGUCCCGAAGCCCGGGAGUACUGGUGGGGAGCGUGGGUUUUACCAGUGGAAUAACACCAUCAUUGCAAGGCUCAAGAAAGAGGUGGGAAUACGAAACAACGAAAAGGCGUGAAGGCAAUUACGAUUUAUGAUGGAAGAUCUCCCCGCCGGAUUCCUUGGGCCUCACCGUCCGUCUGGCUUAUGGGGCAUCAACACGGGGCAUUAAUGGCGUGGUUUAUGCUUUUUGCUUUCACUUUUGCUUCAUUUUUUUGGCGCAUAAACGGGGUUUUUUUUUGUUUCUGCUUCUGCGUUCUUGUAAACCGGGGUUUCGGUUGAUUAAUUCUCUUGGAGUUUUUUCAUUGGAUCGCAGAUAUUCUUUUGGAUACCUACUUCAGUACCAAGAUUCAUCAUUCAUCAUUACUGUUUUCAUCAUAGCUGUUGGACCGACUCGUUAUUGAGUGGUAACAUAGGAUUGUCUUGUUCAUAUGUAUUGGGUAUUUUAUUUUGAGCAUGGAAUGGAAAAGACUUUGGGAAUCUCUAUCUCUCUCACACACACAUCCUACCUACUCCUACACUUGAGUAAGACCUAGUUUCUCGCAG